AUGGCGUUUCUGGACGUUCUGGCCGCUCGUAAGGAUCCUGCAGGUCUUUCUGGAGAGGUUCUUAUAGACGGAGCUCCACAACCUCCAAACUUCAAAUGUCUGUCUGGAUAUGUAGUGCAGGAUGACGUGGUCAUGGGGACGCUGACCGUUCGUGAGAAUCUGUGUUUCUCAGCGGCUUUAAGGCUCCCGAAGUCGAUCUGUCAGCUAGAAAAAGAUGAGAAGGUUGAGAGACUAAUUCAGGAGCUGGGAUUGAGCAAAGUGGCCGAUUCACGGGUGGGCACGCAGCUGAUUCGUGGUGUAUCGGGUGGAGAGAGGAAGAGGACGAGCAUCGGCAUGGAGCUGAUCUUUGAUCCUCCGGUGCUUUUCCUGGACGAACCGACCACCGGCCUGGACGCCAGUACAGCCAACUCUGUCCUCAUGCUGCUCAAGAGAAUGGUGAACAGCGGUCGCACCAUCAUCCUGUCCAUCCAUCAGCCGCGGUACUCUAUCUACCAACUGGACGAGGAGCAGCUGAGUUCGUCUCUGAAGGGCAUCGAGGACCGUUUGGUGGAAGAAUACAAGAACAGCACCAGCUACAAACAGACCAAAAGCGAGCUGGAGCGAAUCGUUCAGGGACAGGAGUACAGCACACGACCCAAAUCCAGAACCAUCACCUACAGCACGUCCUCCUGCCACCAGUUCAACUGGGUCCUCAGGAGAACCUUCAGGAACCUAAUGCUGAACCCACAGACCUCAUUCGCUCAGAUGGGGGUGAUGAUUUUACUGGCUCUGGUUGUUGGAGCCAUAUUUUUUGGAGUGAAGAAGAAUUCGAGCGGCAUUCAGAACAGGAUGGGCGCGCUCUUCUUCAUCACCACCAAUCAGUGCUUUAGUUCUAUUUCCUCAGCUGAACUCUUCAUCACUGAGAGGAAACUAUUUGUGCACGAGUACAUCAGCGGAUACUACAGAGUCUCGGUGUACUUCUUGUCUAAGAUCCUGUCUGACGUCCUGACUCUGCGCACCAUCCCGGCCAUCAUCUUCAGCUGCGUGGUGUACUGGAUGAUCGGUCUGAAGUCAACGGCCGAGGCCUUCUUCAUCUUCCUGUUCUCUAUCGUUCUGGUGUCGUACACAGCCACGUCCAUGACUCUGGCCAUCUCCGCUGAUCAGACGGUGGUGGCCAUCGCUAACAUCGUCAUUAACAUGAUAUUUGUGUUCAUGAUGAUCUUCUCGGGGCUGCUGGUGAACCUCCCCAGUGUGGCUGACUGGUUGAACUGGUUGAAGUAUCUCAGUAUUCCUCAUUACGGUCUUGUUGCUGUGGAAAUCAAUGAGUUCAUUGGCCUCACCCUGUGUGACAUGAGGAACACAAGUGGCCUAGAAAUACAAGUCUGUUCAACAGGCAAGGACUUUCUGAGCGAACAGGGCAUCGACUACUCAACUUGGGGUUUGUGGCAGAAUCAUUUGGCUCUGGGAAUCAUGACUCUCAUCUUCCUCAUCAUCGCUUACCUCAAGCUGCGCUUUAUCAAGAAAUUCACCUAAACACAGGCUCAUGCU